UACUUAAAACUACACGUAUUUACGUACACAUAUCCUGUAUAUAAGUGUAAAUAAGUAGUAUUUUUUAACAAAUUCAUAAUCUAAUAUGCAGAAAGAAAUGGCCUGCUAUUUCCACAGACGCAGACGUACCUAGAUCAAACAAGCUGGCCUAAACUCACGGAGUACUAAUAUAAACUCAGGCGUACCCAAAUAACUCGUACUUAUUAAAAUCUAUCACAAUGGUAAAAUAAAAUAAAAAAUGUAUAGUUGUAUACAUAGCGUAGACAGAGAUAGCAAUAGUAUUUAUUCUUAUGUGUGUGUGUGUGCACGAAAUCAUGUUUUUUUAGUUGUUAUCUUGUUGUUACUUUGUUACGUUUGUUAGUAUUUUGAGGAUUACAGUGAACAGUGGCCGUGUCAAGUAUAAUGAUGAGAAUCAAUUUAAAUAAAAUUAUUUCAUUGACUCGAAUAAGCAAUCCUGAAGUAUCGUUUCUGGCACCGAGAACACGAGUUUUAGAUGGUUUACAUAGAUCUUUUACAAAUGACCCUAGCACCACAGAUGCGACGCCGGCGCCGGCGCAGCCCGUUGAGCCACCUCUCAUGGAUUCUUUUGGUCGACGUCACAAUUAUCUGCGUAUUUCGUUAACCGAACGCUGUAAUUUAAGAUGCCAGUACUGCAUGCCGGCGGAGGGCGUGCCGCUGUCGCCGCGCAGCGCGCUGCUGUCGCGCGAGGAGCUGCUGCGGCUGGCGCGCGUGUUCGUGGCGGCCGGCGUGGACAAGGUGCGGCUGACGGGCGGCGAGCCCACGCUGCGGCCGGACCUGGCCGACAUCGUGCGCGGGCUGCGCGAGGCGGGCGUGCGCGCCGUGGGCAUGACCACCAACGGGCUGGUGCUGACGCGGCGCCUGCCCGCGCUGCAGCGCGCCGGCCUGUCCGCGCUCAACGUGUCGCUGGACUCGCUGCGCGCCGACCGCUACGAGCGCAUGGCGCGCCGCCCGGGGCUGGCGCGCGUGCUGGCGGGCGUGGACCUGGCGCUGCAGCUGGGGUACUCGCCCGUCAAGAUCAACGUCGUGCUCAUGAAAGGUUUCAACGACGACGAGAUAAGUGACUUCGUGGAGUACACGAUAGACCGCGACGUAGAAGUGAGGUUCAUCGAGUUCAUGCCGUUCUCCGGCAACCGCUGGGACGACUCCAAGCUGGUGCCGUACCGCGCGGCGCUGGCGGCGGCGCGGGCGCGGCACCAGCUGCAGCCGGGCGCCGCGCGGCCGCACGACACGGCCACGCUGUGGCGGGCGGCGGGCGCGCGCGGCUCCGUGGGCUUCAUCUCGUCCAUGACGCAACACUUCUGCUCCUCCUGCAACCGCCUGCGUCUCACCGCCGACGGGAACCUUAAGGUGUGCCUGUUCGGCGCUUCCGAGGUGUCGCUGCGGGAUGCGGCGCGCGCCGGCGCCAGCGACGCCGCGCUGACGUCACUGGUGCGCGCCGCGCUGCGGAACAAGAAGGCGCGCCACGCCGGCAUGCAGAAUCUGGCCCGCAUGGAGAACCGUCCGAUGAUCCUCAUCGGCGGCUAGCGCGUCCGGUGCGGCCCGCGUACGGCCCGCGUCCGGCCCACGCCCCCGCGCUGCUCAGUGAUGUGGAACGUUCACAGCGC